GUGCACUUACCAAACCAACAAUCAGUUCUUUUUAAUGCGCGUUCAAAUCCAAGUGAAAUUUUAUCAACAGCCAUACACACAAAACUCACGAGAUUCUUCGAAGUAUGUAGGAAUAAUCCAGAAGCUGCAGGACUACUAUAUUCAGAAUUUCCAAAAUUCUUCCGUUGGAAAAAAGGGGCCUGGCACCGUCGAAAAAAAAGUGGAAACAAAGUGAUUGAGAGACUAUAUUACUGUCCACCAAAUGAUCCAGAACGCUUUUGCUUACGUCUUUUGCUAUGUCACAUUCGUGGUCCAAAAUCAUUUGAAAACCUGCGUACAGUUGAUAGUGUCAUCUAUCUAAUAUUCAAACAAGCUGCGCAACAAUUAGGUCUUUUAGAAAGUGACGAUGAAUGGUUUAACUGCUUAUCUGAAGCAAGCCUUUUUCAAAUGCCAUCACAGCUACGCCUCUUAUUCGCAACUAUAUUAGUUUAUUGCCAGCCAGCAGGUCUUGGCCAAAACACCACACCAGAGGAUUCUUUAAUAAUAAGCCAUGCUUUACUUGAAAUUGAAGGUCACAUUAGACAAUGUGGAAAGAGCCUUGAAGACUUUCCUGAAUUACCUGCCAUACAUUAUGAUUUAUUGGAUUGUAAUAGACAAACACAGCUUUUUAUAGAAGAGACAACUUUUCCACAAGACAAAUUGCAGCAGAUUCUUGAAGGUGUUUCUCUACUAAAUGAUGAACAACGUGCAAUAUAUGAUGCUGUAGAACUAAUUAAUUACAUAUACAGUGAUCUACAAACAAGAUGGAAUGAUUGUCAAUAUCUUUUGGAACGUGCAAUUUUGACAACCAAAAAUCAAGGAGUUGCUGAAAUCAAUAAUUUGAUCUUAUCUGAUUUUCCUG